AUGAUCCUACCUAAAGCCUUGGUAGCCCUAUCUAGGCAAUGGACCACCAGCUCUUUACUGGGGCUAUUGCUACUAUUCUGCUUUACCUACAUCUCUUCCUCUAUUAGAUUCCGAAAGGCUUUACAUGACGACAAUGCCAGGGAAGUACCCCUUGUGCCCUACUGGAUCCCUGGGGUCUUCCACGCUUUUGCACUCUGGGACCCUGCCGACUUUGCUUUCAAAUUAAAUAAGAGGUACGGUUCCAAGAAGCCAUUCCAGGUCAAGGCCGGCUGGCUCCGCUUCUUCUUAUUAUCGGAACCUGAGCAUGUCAAGGCUUUAUUUCGAAAUUCGAGACGUACCACGAACACGGCCACCGUUGCCUUCACAUUGCGUAACCUAGUGGACCUUCCACAUGAAACCGUCUCUCUCUAUCUUGAUGACCGCUCGGGAGCCGGGCUGAAGCCUCGAAAGGACAGCAAUGUACCUCCCAAGCGCCGGAUCACCUUUCUUGUAUCUCAUAACUUGCACAAGUUCCUAUCCUCUCGUUACCUCGACGGUAUAAGUAGGCGGUAUUCUACCAUGCUUCAUCGCCAAAUUAAUGACAUCCAUGUCCAAAGUGAAUGGGUAUCAUUGCCGAAUCUUUUCAAUUUCCUGCAGCGUACUACUCUAGUCUCUGAGAUAGAGGCUUUGUUCGGCUUGAAGCUAUUGGAAUUGAAUCCUAGGUUCAUUGAUGACCUCCUCAUCUUCACACAGCACGUGCCUGACUUUCUUCGUCUACGGCCUUGGUGGCUUAACCCGCAAGCGUAUCGGGCACGUAAGCGGCUCAUUCAGUAUGUCAAACAAUGGCACGCAUAUGCACAGAAGCAUGUGGACUUCGCGGACAUUUUAGACGAAGAUCCAGACUGGGAGCCUUUUUGGGGCUCGAAACUUAUGAGAGUUCGGCAACAGUACGAACACGAAACAGGGGCAAUGAACUCGGAUGCUCGAGCUUGCGAGGAUGUUGGCUUAAUAUGGGCGUCGACCACAAAUGUCCAAAAUACAGUAUUCUGGCUUUUUUUUGAGGUGCUUCGAGAUCCAGAUCUUCAGAGGCGGCUUAUGAAAGAGGUCUCAGAGUGUAAAAUAACCAACAACGAAGACGACACCACCGUCUUCGAUAUGAAGAAGCUCACAGCCCAACCGCUCCUACAGUCCACAUACGCUGAGGUGCUGCGUUUGUACGUGGGCGUAGCAAUCAGCCGCAUCGCUGGAUAUGAAGAUAUCAAAAUUGAUGAUUACACAAUUCCGCAAAACAGCCUCAUAAUGACUUAUAGCCGGGUUAUGGCGCUCGAUACCGACGCAUGGAUACGAGCAGGGAGAACGCUAAACAAGCCUCUCGAUGAGUUCGAUGCUGAGCGCUUUUUGGUCGAUCCAGGCUGGACGCGUCCAGGACUCUCCCCCGCAGUAGACGUGAAGGAUGAUGGGAAGCGCCGAUUUUCUACAGAUGGCCUACUGGGUCUGUGGGUCCCUUACGGCGGUGGGGAUCAUAUGUGCCCCGGACGCCACCUAGCCAAGCAACAAAUGUUGGUGACAUUUGCACUGCUGCUCUCAGAGUUCGACAUAGAACUCUCUCCCGACUCGGCGGCUGCCGCUAAGGUGGAACCUGACAUGAGGUUCGCACCCUUUGGUUCUUUACCGCCAAAGAAUAUAAUUGGGUUCCGUAUUAGGAGAAAGCAACGGAAGGUAAUAUCAAGAGAGGUAGGGUUGUAG